GAAUACAAGACCUCCAAGACCUGCUGCAACUGCGGGUGUCAGGAGAUGGCCAUCAAGCGGCUUGGGGGGCUGAAGGAGGGGCAGCGGCCCUGGUCGGUCAAAGUCUGCAACGACUGCUUGACGACCUGGAACCGCGACGUCUCCGCCGCCAACGUGAUCCGUGUGCUCCUCCUGCUGAAGCUGAUGGGCUUCGAGCGGCCGGCCAAGCUGCAGCGGCCGCCAUGGCCGCCAGCGGCGGCGGGGCCGGGCUGAGAGCCUGAACGGCGCUAGCAGGGCGUGGGGCUGAGGGUGCACGUGUCGAUUGGCGGCGAGUGACGUGACUAGUUUGUUAGCUGCGGGUUAGCACGGACUGUGCACCCCACCCAACCGGCCACGUCCGGAUUUGCGGGGAUGCCAAAGGCCCCCAACAUAGAGGCGUGUGCUUAGUAGGCGCCCGCGUCAAGGUGGCUGGGUUGAUAACGACCCGGGAGGGGAGGGCUCAGCCCUUUUCCUGCCUCCCUAAGGCAGCCACCUCCUUGUUAGUGACUCUUCUUGCCUAUUGCAUGUAAAUAGGCGGCGGG